AUGCUGACUCUCUACGCCCAACAGAGCUGUAUCAGCGAGGCGCAGAAAUACCAGGGAAAACUGUACAAGGAGAAGAAGCCAAAGGGACAGCAGCAGUCAAACAACUCGCAGGCUCUGGUGCCACGCCAUUCCAUCCUGGGGGCCGCUCCCGAUGCGGAUUCUGGCGCCGUCGCCGUCGUCGAUGCGCCGCCAAAGGCCCCGAGCCCGCCUCCUGCGGUCAACGUGUUUGACUUUCUCGUCAGCGACGCAACACCGAAUGCUUCGAAGGUAUCAUUGGCGCCUGUAGACGAUUCCCGGAUGAUCGAGGACUGCCGGGAAUACACUCAAAACAUGCCGGGAGCAUUCGACAGCGCUGACAUUGGUGGUGUCCAGGAGAACGGCCACUCGUAUGGUUCUGGGCCUCUACAACCGUCGAUGGAGCGCUACGGAUCCUCCAAGGAGGACCCCUAUACCCCCGCUUCCAAAGAAGGCCGCAGCAAAGACAAAGGCCAGGCUGCGGGAACGAAAUCGGACAAGAAGCGCAAGCGGCAGACGGUGGAUGAAUUGGACAUGUCAGUCGUGAAGUCGCAGCAGGAACAGGAUGCUACUAUGACGGAUGCGCCGCCAAUGCUGCACACUGGGCUCACUGGCGGCCUUAACAGGAUGCUGAGCCAUACUGAGUACCCGCCCAGCCCGGAUUAUUCAGGCGAUGCUGGAGACAAUUCGCCUUCAAGCCCGAUCAAGAGGAAGAAGCACUCGAAGGCCGAAAAGGAGAGAGGAAGGAAACGCGAGUCUAGCUCGCGCAAGGGCUCCGACUCAACCGAACAUGGCCGCAAAUCGAAACGUGAGAAGGACUCGGAAAAGGAACGCAGACGGCCUCGGGAGAUCGUCAGGGUCAGGCGCCGCCGGACCUUGUCCUGUUCUCCUGAACGAGAGCAUCGCAAAGGCAAGCCGCUGAAGGCCAUUGAAUAUCAUCCUGAGGGCAAGGGAAGCGGAGAAGCAAGUGCUCUCGUCCUGCACAAUCAGUCACGUGCCGAGCUUUUGCUCUCGUAUGUCAACAAGGGACCGGAAUCGGAACGCGGCCUUAGCCUCAACAAGGCGCUCAAGAGGUUUCAUCGCGACAGGCUAGACAGGUGGGGCCACGGCGUCAGCAAGCAAGAGGAGGAGAAGGAGCUGUGGAAGUCGAUCCGGUUGAAGAGGAACGACAGGGGUGAGAUUGUGCUGUUCACGGAGUCUUGA